GUCACCGGACUGAGAGCUACAGCUGUACCAGAAGAAGUGCGGAGAAGCUGUGACAGCUUUGGUUUGACGGGAGCGCGUGAGACGGGCAGUGUCAGGUUUCUUAAGAUACGACGACUCUUUGAAGCAGCCAGCAGCAAACCCAGAGCAUGAAGAAGACCACAAAUACAGCCCUGAAGAAGUCCUUUGAGGUGGAGGAUGUUGAUACUUCAUCCCAUUCAUCGCCCGGCUCUCGUCGAACAACCAACUCCCCUCACCGUAAUGCCAUGUCUCCCACCAGCAUCUACUACCGCGACCUGGGCACUGCUGCCCCGGCAACCAACAACAACAACCUCAACUACACCCAGCCACGCUCCAUCAUGGGUGGAGGAGGCUCCAAGACUCCUGAGCCCGUGUCGCGCCGUUCUGAACUCUCCAUUGACAUCUCCUCUUCUAGCAAGCAGGUGGAUAACAUCACCAGCCCCGCCUCCAUGCGCUUUGUGACCAACAGCGCCCUGAAACGCCCUGAAGUCCUGGGACACUCCAAGACCCCCGAGAUGAGCCACAAGAGGGAGGUAACGUUUGCCAGGACCCUGACUGACUCCCCGGUGAUACGCCGCAAUGAGGGCAACAAUAAUAACAACGGGAUUACCCGGGCUGCUGAGCAGAAUCACACUCGCAAGUUUGAGCCCCCCAGUCCCGGGGAUUCUCGCAAACCUGAAAUCAGCAUCACCAAAGCUCCUCCAGAGAAUAAUGGCCACCACCAGGCAGUGCAUCAUCCUCACCACCCCAACCCACACCACAACACCAUUGUCACGACCUUCCGCUGCUCAUCGCCCAGUCACGCUGGACGCAAGUCUCCCAACCCUGACAGGUCAGAGUUCAGUCUGAGCCAUAGCACCAUGUCUGAGUCCGCUAAGCCCCACCACCCCAACCCUCAAGCCAAGGGGGAGAAGAGCCAUGGAGGUGACUUCAGCUACGUGGGUAUCGAUGCCAUCCUGGAACAGAUGAGGAGGAAGGCCAUGAAGCAAGGCUUUGAACUCAACAUUAUGGUUGUGGGGCAAAGUGGCCUGGGGAAGUCCACUCUGAUGAACACACUGUUUAAAUCCAAAGUGAGCCGCAAGUCAGUGCAGCCCGACCCGGAGGAAAGGAUCCCCAAGACAGUCGAGAUCAAGUCCAUCAGUCAUGAUAUCGAGGAGAAAGGAGUGAGGAUGAAGCUGACUGUGAUAGACACACCUGGCUUUGGGGAUCAAAUCAAUAAUGAAAACUGCUGGCAGCCCAUCAUGAGGUUCAUCAAUGAACAGUAUGAGGCCUACUUGCAGGAGGAAAUCAACAUCAACAGGAAGAAAAGGAUCCCAGACUCCAGGGUUCACUGCUGCAUAUACUUCAUUCCUCCCACUGGCCACUGUCUCAGGCCUCUGGAUGUGGAGUUCAUGCGGCGUCUCAGCAAAGUGGUCAACAUAGUUCCGGUCAUUGCCAAGGCCGACACACUCACCCUGGAGGAGAGGGACUAUUUUAAACAGACGAUCAGGGAAGAGCUUCGAGUCAACGAGAUCGACGUUUACCCUCAAAAAGAGUUCGACGAGGAUGGAGAGGACAGAAUGAUCAAUGACAAAAUAAGGGAGAUGAUCCCCUUUGCUGUGGUAGGCAGCGACCAGGAGUACCAGGUGAACGGGAAGCGGAUUCUGGGAAGGAAAACUAAAUGGGGCACGAUAGAAGUUGAGAACAUUGCACAUUGUGAGUUUGCUUACCUGCGAGACCUCCUAAUCAGGACACACAUGCAGAACAUCAAGGACAUCACAGGCAGCAUCCACUACGAGACGUACCGCGUCCGUCGGUUAAAUGAAUCCAACGCUCAUCUCGACUCUCACCCAUCUGAUCUUCCUAUUGUUCAGCCAAAGGCCAACGGGCAGGCCGAGGUGCAGCUCGCCGCCCCCCAGGCUAAUGGAGUGGUCGCUCAGCAUGAAGCCUUAACCCAUGAGAUGUAGAAGGGGAAUAUCAGGCACAAAACAUACUCUCAGAUAUGUUCUGUUUACAUUAACAAGCCCACAUGCACACAAAACACACCGAUACACACAGACACGCCGAUGCUGUGAAGACUCCAACUCUAGUCACAGGACACAUGAUGAAGACUAAAUCCCCACAUGUUCCCUCCAUGGGCUGUUCCCUUAUUUUAUGGUUUUCUUUUUUUUUUUUUGUUACAAACCAAAGUAAAAUGACGUCAUCAUUGCCACACACAUACGCUGUUCAGUUCAAUUUACAUUCAGGUUUGUUCAUGACUAAAAUCAAGAUGUCGGCUCAUGAAUAAUCUAAACUAAACUCUGAGCACGACUGCUGGAUUUAUCUUAGUGCAUCCAUGGUGAUCAGCAGAAGGAAAGGGUUUCCACUGUGCAGAAUACCGCUGCAAACCCAGGCCUGUGCAGCUGAGGACACGUGGCAUGAUUUAAAAUGCAGGGCACCAUGAGAUGACUCCAGAUCUGCUCUAAACGUAAUAACUUCAUGCCACUUGCUUGGUCUGCUUUGUGUUGUGGUGUAUAGUAUUGUAUAGUUACUAGGGUUACGCAGAUUAAAAUAUUUAGAUUAGGUUUAUAGUGUUUAUGGAGAAAAUAAAGAUACUGUUGACACCUCCACACUGUGUUUAAAAAAAUAGAUUACAAUGGCAGCGUGGAGCAGCUUGCAGGAGAAAAUGAGUCCUUUUUUCAUUUUUUCCCUGUUGUGCUGGUUUUAAACCCUUUUUUUUUGCCAAACCAUCCCAUCUCUUUCUAUAUAAUACCAGUAGUGUUGUGUAUACAGCCAUGUUGCUCAUUUACUGUUGUAUUUUUAUUGCUUGUAUUAAUGUUCUAAUAUUAUUGUAUACGAUGGGUGUGCAGCUGUUGUUUAUUCAGUUGUUUUGCUCAUUUUUCCGAACUGUAAACCAAAUAAAAAUCUUUUUUUUUUUUAUAUUCCAAAGAGAAGCACAUGUAGUAUACUGAUUUGAUUUAUGGCUAGGUAUUUAAAUGCUUGUUUGAUGUAAUCCAUUUAUUUACUUUAUUCCAGCUGUUGGCUGCCUGAAGUUUGAUGCAGGUUAUUGACGGUGAUAAGUUUAAGUUUGGACGCUGUUAAUUUGUUUUUCUUGCAGCAUGUUUGUACCCUAUAUGCGAGACUGCACUGUGUCUACCAACAAAUGACUUUAAAUGCUAGUGUAAAACCAAUCCUGCCAACACGGCAUUUACGUUAUAGAGCUGAUAUGAUUUCGUCUGAUGCAGAUUUUCUUCAAUCGUGUGGAAGGAUUUGUGCCUAAAAACCUGAAACAGCCAUUGAAGUAACAUACAAAGAUUUUAUCAGCAACUAUGAAUAUUUCAUGUUUAAUUCUUUCAUUUAACAUACACAUGCUCAAAUCUAAUCUAAAUAUAUCCUAAUUGUCCUAAUCAAAGUCAGCAUCAUCUAAAGUCUGAGAAAGUUUUCCAUUAAUAGAUCAUAAAGUAGAGAGAACUAUUUUCUCCAGAAAAAAAGUUAUUGGUUUAAACUUUAACUGUUGUAAAGUUAUUGUGUAAUUUGUCAUCCUACUAUAGAUUAAGGUUUUAUCUUUGAUAUGUUAUCUCAAAGAAUAAAGAUUGAUAUUUUUAUUGUU